GAGGCUGCUUCAGUGCAUUCUGAUCAGAAGCAAAUAACUUUCCAUUUAUCUCUCUAUAUUGAUUUGCAGUCAGCUGGAUUGCUGAAGAAACUUCCUUCAACCCAGGAGAUUGCAGGGGAUUUGUUAUCUUGGAAUAACAGCACCAUGGUUUCUGGACUGCAGUACAGCCUCUUUCUUUUCUUCUGCCUAACCUCAUGUCAGGAAUCUCCGGCUUCUCAGAGCUGCAUGAACAAGCAGCAACUUCUGGCAACCAUCCGCCAAAUGCAGCAAAUCCUUAAAGGCCAGGAAACACGAUUUGUAGAGGGAAUACGCCUCAUGAAACAUCGACUAACAACCCUGCAAAACACAGUGAUUAAAACUGCACCAGAGCCACAAACUGUGUUUUGCCCUGCCCUGGAGGUUCCUCUGAAUGGCAAGAGGUUUGGCACCAAGAACAUGGUGGAUCAUGAAGUCCAUUUCACCUGUGAUUCUGGAUUCCAGCUUACUGGUUCCAGCUCUCGAGUGUGCCAGCCAAAUGGUACCUGGACUGGAGAAAUUACUCAAUGCAAAGAUAUCAGUGAAUGUGCACAUCAUCUCUGCCAAAAUGGGGGAACGUGUGUUGAUGGAGGGGAACAAUACAGAUGCAUUUGCCCAAAGGAGUGGACUGGUCCCAACUGCCAGUAUCAAACACAGACAGUCCCUCCCACAUGGAGUGUAACCAAUGACCCAGCAUUCAGUCGUAAACCACGGUGUGCUAAAUCUGAGCAAAUGCAGCACUGCAGCUGUGAAGCAGGCUUCCAUAUGAGUGGCACCUCAGAAAAUAGCAUCUGUCAAGAUGUGAAUGAAUGUAAAGUUUACAAGCUGGAGGGAGCCCCACGUCUCUGUAUGCACACCUGCAUCAACAUUCCUGGCUCAUACCGCUGCUCCUGCCCCAAUGGAUACAGGCUCUUCGGUGAUGGGAAAAGCUGCGAAGAUAUUGAUGAAUGUGUGCUUUCACUUCAUGACUGCACUACAGGGACGAUGUGUAUUAAUACAGGAGGAGGCUUUCAAUGUGUUAAUUCAGAGUGUCCCAAACCUAGUGGAAAUGUCAGCUAUGUGAAAACAUCACCAUUUCAAUGUGAACGGAACCCAUGUCCAAUGGACAGCAGAUCAUGCCAUUAUGCUCCAAAGACCAUCUCCUUCCAUUACCUUCCUCUGCCCUCCAACCUCGUCACUCCCACUCCACUCUUCCGCAUGGCCACUGCUUCGGCUCCCGGACGGCCUGGUCCUGACAGCUUGCGGUUUGGCAUUGUGGGAGGAAACAGCCGAGGACAUUUUGUGAUGCAGCGCUCUGACCGGCAGACAGGUGAACUCAUCCUGGUGCAAAGCCUGCAAGGACCUCAAACCAUCCAAUUGGAAGUGGACAUGUCAGAAUACCUAGGCCGCUCCUUUCAAGCUAAGCAUGUUUCAAAGAUCACCGUCUUUGUGUCAGCUUAUGAAUUUUAAAGGCAGCCAGUUAUACAAGGGAGGAAAUAAUUCACAGACUGCUUUUGUUCAUCAGGAAGCUGUUUGUUUUGGUUAACCAUUGGGUCCAGUGAGCUGUACCAUAAUCUCUGGGACUGGCAUCAGGUGUGGGUACUAUUUGCCUGAGUUAAUAGAAACUACUUCUUCCUGACAUUGCUAGGAUGAUGACUUUAUAGCCUUUGUAUAUCUGUUCUGACAUAUCUUCAGAUCUUGGAGAAGUUACUUCUUUUUUUACUAUAGCUGGCAGAACACACACACACACACAGGCAAUAUGGCCAAUGAUGAAAUUACUUUUUUGGCUGGGGGAUUCUGGCAAUUGUACUCCAAAAAAGUAAUUUUCCCAGGACCUGAACUAGCUGCCAUAUUGCAUUCCAGGGAGGAAGAAAGGGAAACAUAAUGUAAUCUAGUACUGACUACUAUUGUAGUUCCCCCCAUUCUAUUGCAGUGCUGCCCACUUAUCUUCAAACUGGCCAACCCAGUAUCCUGACAAACAUGCAAACAGCCUGUUCUUAACUUAUGUUUUGUUCUCACAACUCGGGCAAAAAGUCAAAUGUAUAGGAAUGUAUGAUCUUUCUCUCUGAGACAAUGUAUAUAAGCAACGGCAUCACACUCUAUUAUAGGAGAUUUUAUUCUGCUACUAUUUUGACAUGUGUAUUACGCUAGGUAGAGCCAGUGUGGCAUAAUGAUUUGGGCAUUGGACUAGGACUCUAGAGACCAAGGUUCAAAUCCCUGAUGAGCCAUGGAAACCCACUGGGUGACCAUGGGCAAGUCAUGCUCUCUCAGUCUCAGAGGAAGGCAAAGUCAAACCUCCUCUGAAAUAAUCCUGCCAAAAAAAACCAGAUCAGUUCACCCUAGGAUUGCUUUAAGUCAGAAACAACCUGAAGACACAUGACAACAGCAACAUAAUGCUAAGUGUUGCUGUGAGACAGAAAUCAGAGUGACCCUAUGAAUGAGAGCCUGGUAUGACUUGCUGUCAUCAACUGCCCUGCUCAAGUUUUGCACGCUCAGGGUGGCGACUUCCUUGAUUCAGUCAACACAUUCUGGUGCUACCUUUCUGUGGUAAUGGUGGGACUAUAUAGUCCAGUGAGGUAAGAGGCAAUGCAUGCAGCAGCAUUACUACCAAUAAGGUCUUACUGUACAUAAAUGCUUUCCCAGCCCACCAUAACAGCCAGCAGCUGCAUCGAGCAAAGGUAUUCUGUUCAGCUGCUGGUUGGGGUGCUAAGACUAUGACACUUCCAGCUCUUUCCCACCAGUGAGUGAAGUUGUGACAGUCAGAAGCAAGAUAUCUGUUGCAAUUCUUUGUUGCAGCCUCACUGACCAAUAUUUGCCCAGUGCGGCUACCAAUGGUGUCCCUAGGGGUGUGCAGUGAUGCGGCCCACACUGGGUGACACUCCAGAAGGGGGGUGAUACCCAAUCAGACUUCUGUGUGCCUUCUCCCAUGCCAUUCCAUUCCCCACAUGUUUUCUCCCCAUGCCGCUUCAUCCCUUCAUGCCGUCCUGUCCUUUUCCUCAUAACAAAAAGGAUAGGCUAGCACAGGGAGAGGGAACGUGUGCCAUUCCCAGAAGUCCCAUUUGGAAACCCCACCACAAUUUGCAUCCCCCCCCCCCCCCAGAAUCCCCAACCAGUAUACUGGGUGAUACCUGGUGCGGAAACACCACUGGUGGCAACUGGCAGCAAAGGUGGACUGAGGUUGUCAAGGCAGGAGACAUUACUUAAUUACCCAUAUGUAACUAAGUUGCUAACGUAGAAUAUUGGCAGGUACUUAUAACUGGAAAUUUCCACCCACCCAUGAAAAUGAAAUGGGAAAAUAUGGCCUAAAUCCAAGAGCAUGAUUUAUAUGACCUGAAUCUAACAUCCAGUUCCCUUUUCCUCCUUUUGAAGGAGCUGUCCAAAGAAAGAUCUAUGACUUCCCAGAUCUCUGGGGCAGGGUUUUUUUUGUUUUAUUUUGUUUUGUUUUGUUUUUUUGUCUUCUGGUGGGGUUGCACUAAGAAAGCAAGAUUGCCUGUUGUUUCACCAAUGGAAGCCCAAUACUGGUUAAUGCCCUGUGUUUUUACAUAAUAUAAUAUUUUGAAAUAUAUAUAUAAUAUUUUACAUAAUAUAAUACUUUUACAUUAUUUUUGCAAGCAACCAGAUUUUAUGAAGACUUGGGUUGUUGUUUUUUAAAAAAUCCCCAAGCAACUUGUUUCAGCAUCACAAUAAUGAGACUUUGGUUCCCACUGUAGUUAUGUUGUUUGAACAUAGACUUCUGUCAAAGAUAUCUUUGUUUGUAUUUUUUAUUGAAUAUUUUGGAUUUUAUGUACCUUCUGCAAUAUAUAUGCCUGUUGGAAGAUGAAUAAUAGAAACUGAGAUGUUCUUAGAGCAA